AUGAAUCGCAUCCACCAGAAGCGUCUGGCCCCCUACAUCUUCAUUGCUGUCACCAUUCUUCUCUUUUUCUACUUCCUCAGAGCCCCCACCCAGCCCGACAUCCCCAUUUCCUCGGACGGCGCCACCCACGCCCAGCCUCUCCAGAAAUUCAAUUGGGGCAAACGCAAGCCGCAUUACCCCAUCAAGAAUUUCCGCAGCCUUCCUAAUGGUAAGCCGAAGAAGCUACCGCAAGUUCAAUUCGCCUUUGGCAAAGAAGAUGCCACGGCUGCCUCACUGCGCGAGAAGCGUCGUGCCGAGGUGAAGAAGGCUUUUGAGCGAUCCUGGCAAUCGUACCGAGAGAAGGCCUGGUUGCAAGAUGAACUCGCUCCCAUCACUGGCGGCUCCAAGUCAACCUUCGGCGGCUGGGCUGCCACGCUUGUUGACACUCUGGACACGCUCUGGAUCAUGGGCAUGAAAAAGGAGUUCAACGAGGCCGUUGGAGCCGUCGCCCACAUUGACUUUUCUGCCACCACUGUCGACCAGAUCAACGUCUUCGAGACCACCAUCAGAUAUCUAGGUGGCUUUCUGAGCGCAUACGAUCUCAGUGGCGACAAGAGGCUGCUGAAGAAGGCCAUCGAGGUGGCAGACAUGCUCUACGUCGCCUUCGACACCCCCAACCACCUUCCCAUCACCCGCUGGAACCCCAUCAAGGCUCUCGACGACAUUCCUCAAGAGGCCGACCAAACCGUGCUGGUCGCAGAGAUUGGCUCCCUCACCAUGGAGUUCACCCGUCUUUCCCAGAUUACCAAGGACUCCAAGUGGUAUGACGCCGUCGACCGCAUUAUGCAUCUCUUCAAGGAUCAGCAAUCCAAGACCGACCUCCCCGGCAUGUGGCCCGUUUUUGUCAACGCUAAAGACGCCGACUUCACUGCUGACCGCUCCUUUACUCUUGGCGGCAUGGCCGAUUCGCUGUACGAGUACUUUCCCAAGACGUACGCGCUGCUUGGUGGCCUUGUCCCUCUCUACCGCGACCUGUAUGAGGGUUCAAUGAGCACCGCAGUCAAGAAUCUGCUCUUCAAGCCAAUGGUCCCCGACGGUGCCGACAUCCUUGCUGCCGGCUCCGUCCGCACUGACGGCCGCGGCUUCCCUAUGCUGCAGCCAGAAUGGCAGCAUCUGGUUUGCUUCGCAGGUGGCAUGUUCGCGCUGGGCGGCAGGCUGUUUGACAUCCCAGACCACGUCACCAUCGGUCAGAGGCUGACAGAUGGCUGUGUCUGGACUUAUAAGACGUUUCCGCUUGGCAUCAUGCCUGAGAUUUCCAAUCUUGUCCCCUGCCCGGACACUGCCUCGACAAGCACCACAGCCGACCUCCUCACCCAAUCUUGCCCUUGGAACGAGACUUACUGGAAAGAUCAAGUCAAACACCGUCUAGGUCGCACGGUCAACGUUGACCAGCAGAUCGCCCUCGACCGCCUGCUACCAGGCUUCACCGCCAUCCCCGACCGGCGCUACAUUUUGCGUCCCGAAGCGAUUGAAAGCGUGUUUGUCUUGUACCGUAUCACAGGUGCGCAGUCGCUGCAGGCGGCCGCAUGGGAUAUGUUUACGGCGAUCCAACAAUCGACGAAGACGGAUCUAGCGAACGCGGCGCUGGCAGAUUGCACCGUGACGGAUGGCAACCCGCCUCAGACGGAUAGUAUGGAGAGCUUCUGGACGGCUGAAACGCUCAAAUAUUUCUACCUCGUCUUCUCCGAACCAGACCAUGAUUACGGUUCGAAAAGCAGCGGCGCUCAGAGCAUCUUCACCAUAGACCGCGUAUCGUCGCAAUCCUUUCCUUUCUGGGAGGCCAAGCUCAUCGACACCAUCUGGGAUCUAUUCGUCGGGCGCGGCAUGCAAUUCCUCGCAAGCGCUCUCAGCUACACCGUCCUGUCCGACGCCCUGCUCCGCGCCAUUCAGUCAUCGCCCGUGCCCUACCGCACUUUCUCCGGCAUCUCCAUUAAUGGUGCCUCUGCGACCACUGUUAUCGCCCUGAUCCGUGACCUCGGCCGUCAUUCGCGCCGGCGUGCCGUGUUUCUCUUCACUUACAGCGCUCUUGCCAUCAUCUACGUCCUGGCCAUGCCUACCCUCCUUUCCACAAUGGCUGGUUACAUUAGCACCGCCUCGGCCUACGUCCAGGUUCCUGAAACUAGUCAAUAUGUUCCAAAUAGCGAUUUCGUUCCCGGUUUCUCCUUCCAAGGUCUUUCCGGCGUGGCGAACGGGACUUGUAUGUCAUAUAAAGACGCCGGCCCUGCCGAUGCGCGCACGGCAACGCAGUUGGGAAAAUGUAACUCGACUUGUUGGACUGUCGAUUUGGAUGAUCGCUAUCACACGGGUUACUGGGCUUAUAUUAAAGAGCAUCACAACAUGGACGGCUGCGCCUUCUUCCGCAACGAGACGUACGACGUAUUCAAGGCGACGUACGACGACUUCGGCUUUCUCCUGAGAAAAUCGACGGAAACAGAGACCUACAACUGCAACGACACCGUUACCAUCGACGUCGCCGGCAAGACCUUCCCUUACCUCACGGCCGUCCGCAACUCGACCAAGACGAACUUCCAGAUCUACACGUCCGGCACGUACUGCUACGGCACCCGCGCCUACCAGCAACAGCAGAUCGACGCCAACACGAAGUGCCUGCCCGACGUCGGCAGCGGCAACGACGACGCGUCGACGUACCGCUGGGGCUUCUCGUCGCUGCUCAGCUCCAUCGUGUUGAUCGUGCACGCGCUGUGGUGUAUAAGCAUGUUUGCCGUGUGGAUGGAUGCGCAGAAAGGUGGUGGUGGUGUUGGCGGUGGAGGAGGAUUGGAUCAGCUGAGGGCGUUGUUUACGGUUGCCGCUGUGGCGUGUGAGGUGACGGAGAUGAGUGCGGCGCAGUUGGCCAAGGCGCCGAGGGGGGUUGUGGAGAAGGUGUUGGAUGGGGGUGGUGAUGGUGAUGGUGGUGGCGGUGGCGGAGGCGGCGGCGCGAAGGUGGGGGCUGAGCUUUUUGAGAUGGAUGAGGGAGGGAAGGGCGCGUGA